AUGCCACAAUCUGCAUCUCCUGCUUCACGGCAGGAUUUUGUGGCAAGAGUGAGAUAUUUAAAUGAUCUUCCGCCACCUCCAUGCCCUCCCAAGAUGAUAGAGCUAGAGUCAUCAUUGGAAGGUGACCCUCUGACGUUCUCCUCCCUCCUUUCCUCUGUUUUCCGCAAAGACCAUUUCAGUAAUCUAGUGACUCUGGAUGCCGAUUUGGGAUUACAUUUGAGUUUGCUAGAUAACCCCAAGUGUAUUGAAGAAAAUACACUGUCACCAAUCUCUGCACUUGCACCAGAAUCUGGAGACAGCUCCUUGCUUCAUCCUGAAGACAGGAUUUUACUAACAGAUCCAACAAAAACAGUUGCCUCUAAGGAGGCCAGCGUCAGUUUCUUACGCAGGACUCAAUAUAUUUCUUCCGAAAGGACAGAACAUAUGCCCCCAUAUUCGGAUUCAUCCUUGUCUAAGUUGCGCAUGAGAAGGCGGGAGGAUUUUGAUGCUAAAUCUCAGAGUCGAAAAAUCGAAAGAAUGUUCGCUGAUAGUGACAAAACUGAAAACCUUAGACAAUUAUUACAUCCAUCAAAACAGGGGAUAAAGGCCAAAAAAGUCUGGAGUUUACUGCCUGACACAUCCAUGCUAGACCAGAACUUUUUUGACAUAAAGUUUGCUAGUUCAUCAUCUCUGAAGAAGGAGAGAACGAACAAACGGAAAGCUGAAGAGCCAUCAGAUAUCAAAGCACCACUUUUCAAAUUAGUUUCUCUUAGUGACACCACAAAAUUUAUGACGCUGUAUACUGCUAAUGGCGAGGAAUGUGACCAGGUGAAUGCGUUGCUGAAGGAUACCGCAGAAAAUGCCCCGGUUUCGUCCAUAGAGGAUGCCAAUUCAUCAAGUAAUAGAACAUUCACAUUUCAGAAAUUGAGGGAUUACGACAGCAAUUCAAGAAUGACCAACAAUACUGGAUUAUUCCGUCAACUAGCCAUAACUUUUGAUGAAAGUUCCUCUACUGCUCUAUUUGUUCCAAUUAAAGGGAAGAUUGAGCUCAAAAAGCGCCGCAUCGACAACUUCUUAGAACCCAAGCUUAGGACUCUUAGUUACGAUGAGAUCAAGCUCAACAUCAGGGAACCAAGUAGAAUAGAAAUUUAUGAGCGUGACAUACGCAGAAGUAAUUUCGACCCCAUGGAAUUUGGGGCUGACGAAGAGGAAGCAAAUGAGGAAGUUGCAAAUGAGGAAGCUGCAAAAGAGGAAGUUGCAGUCAAUACAAAUACUGCUUGA